AUGUGGUUGCUGGGAUCCGAACUCAGGACCUUCUGAAGAGCAGUCAGUGUUCUUACUCACUGAGCCAACUCACCAGCCCUAGAUUUUAUUUUACAUGGGUUCAUUCUUGAACCCAGGUGAAAUUUAUUUUGGCAUAUGGCAUGAUGUCCUAAAAUAGCCUAGAGCUUUUCCUUUUUUUUUUUCUUUUUGGCUUGUUAAUAAUCAGCCACUUUAGCAUUAGCUAGAUAAUGGAAAUUAGGCCUUAAACCUAAUACCUCUAGUGUGUACUUCUCUUCCACAACCCUGUAAUAUGGAAUCAUUUACAUAUUCCUGCUGCUUUCUCUCCCUCUCACUUAUCCUUGUUUAGCUCCUCCCCCAAUCUUUUCAAAAUUCCCUCCUUAAAGCUCUAUGUGGUAUAUGUCUUCCCAAUAGAGCAGUAGCUUACUGGGGGUUGGAGGGAUAUCUUGUUUUUUCCAUGUGUCUUUGAUUCUGCAGGGCCCCUGCAGUGCAUCAUUAGUGGGGUCAGGAGAUGAAAUCCUAACCUGGGAAGGGGAUGGCACAUCUCCCCAGAACUGCAGGGAAGAGUGGCAGAGCUCAAGAGCGGAACCAGGAUCUGGGAAUUCUGGUCCUCAGCCCAGAAUCGGCCGGCUGCCCCUAAGCAUAUUGAGAGACCUGCCAAUGCAAAGAGAUGGAGACAUACUCAUCUUCAAGGGUGUUCUUUUAUCUCCAAAGUUUCUGCAACCUUUGUUCCCUGCUGGGUUAUCUGUUACCCAAUGCCAAUAAGCAACAAAACAGUGGAACAAAUACAAAGUUAAUAUUAAAGGAGCCAUUUAAACAGUUACUUCAACUCUUGCCGUCCAUGCCUUAGCCUGGACGAUGCUUCUGGCUUUCUGUCAAAGUGCCCUGGUACAGUCCUAUCUCUGCUGGCCAAGCUGCUUUUAUUUACACAGCAGACUGAUCAUGAAAGCAAACAUUACAGCAUUCCAUAGAGGCCACCUACACCACUAACCACACCCAGGCAACAGCACUGCCUUAGCCCCGUCUUGAGAAACUAGGACAUGGGCUCAUAGUUCUGCCAAAGGAAGCACAACACAUUUCCCAUUCUCCUUCCUUUCUAUUCUAUGAGAGCUGCACCUAAGCUACAGACACUAACCUUAAACAUGGUUAGCAGAGGCCUGCAGCGCCUCUGACAAGGAAAUGGGCAACCUUGCUCUCCCAGCAGCCUGUCAGAGUCAAUUGUUCUGCCUUCGCUCAUUGCACUGUACACCCCCGCCCUCAGCCACCACCUCACUCAUCUCCCCACAAAUCGCUGCUUUAGCCUCAGGAUCACAGCACACAUGUGCACUUAGCACGUGCUGGAUACUGGUUCGAUCACAGGAAUACCAACUCCACCUCCCAAAGUCUCAUGCUGAACCAGAGACAGUAGUGGCAGGGGAGGGACUUGAACCUAGGUGUUGUGGGAAGAAUUUUUUUAACUGAACCAGAGGACAGUGGAGCAAGUGAAAAAAAUGAAAGAGGAAGGAACUUAUGAGGAGUCAUGUGUGCUGUCACGUGUGCUAUUACGUGUGUGUUGCUGCUGAUAGCCAGUCAGCCAUGCCUGUCAUCCAGGGAAUGUUUGUUGAGUGCAUUCUAGAUGCCAGGAGCAUCCUUGAGUGUUAAGGACAGAACAGAAAAAAACUUAGAUGAUAGAUGGUAGAUAGAUAGAUAGAUAGAUAGAUAGACAGACAGACAGACAGACAGACAGACAGACAGACAGACAGACAGAUAAAUACACACAGAGAGAGACGUAAAUUGAACAUAAGUAAGGAGAUGACACAGCUGGUAAAGUGUUUGCCAUGCAGGUGUGAGGACCUGAGUUUGAGACUCAGCAUCCACACAAAAAGCUGAGAAUGCUGGCCUGAGCUUGUAAUCCCUGCACUUGGAAGGCAGAAUCAGGUGAAGCCCUGGGACUCACAAGCCACCCAGCCUCGCCUAAUGGGUGAUCUCUGGACCAGUGAAAGACCCUGUCUCAAAAAAUAAGGUAGAUGGCAUUCCUAAGGAAAGAUUGACACAUCCAAGGCUGUUGUCAGGCCACACAUAAUUGUCUACUCACACAACAAAGUAAAGCAAAGCAAAGCAAACUCAACAACAGACGAAGGCCGUUGUUCACCCUGGAAUUCCAUUCAGUUGGAGGAUGGGGCAAGUGAAGUGUCUUUUGUCAGACAGUCAGACGUGCUGAUGAGAAUGGAAGGGAUGCCAAGCAGGGCUCAUGGAAGAGGAGGGCGUUGAGUUUCCACAGUGCUAAGCAAAGAAGGUGCGCCUAAUCACAGACAGACCUUUGAGCAGAGAGCUGAAGGGGGGGGUGGGUAACAAUGGCAACUGUCCUCAGUUUAGGUUUCCAGAAGAUACCAGAGAGGCCACUGUGGUGACUGAGGAGGACAUAGCAAGAGGACUGGAAGUCUGAGGAAGAAGUUCAUCUAAAAGUGGCCACCGUGACUCAGCAGUCUCUAAAGCCUCGUGCUCUUUGAAGGAAGUAUGGGCUUAUCAUUUCAGGAAACUAGGGUCCUUUGUGCUGCAUUUCCAGUAGGAAGCCAAAUGGAUGUCCCAACAAUGGUGGCCCCCUGCAACAGCAGAACAUAUGGCUACCUCCAGGCUGUGGCGGAACAACUGCCUGCCCUUUGUGGGCAUCAUGAUCCUCUUGGCCGCGGCCCUGUCCUUGAUGUUCUACGCUCUCCUCUGGAAGGCUGGCAACCUCGCUGACCUACCUAACCUGAGGAUCGGCUUCUACAACUUCUGUCUGUGGAAGGAGGACAUUGGCUCCCUAGAGUGUUACAACUUUCCUGAGCUGGAGGUGCUGGGCAUUCCUCAGGUUGGCCUAGCCCUGGCCAGGCUUGGUGUGUAUGGAGCCCUGGUCCUUACAGUCUUCGUCCCUCUGCCUCUCCUUCUUGCCCAGUACAACCGAGAUGAGGGAGAAUGGCAGCUGGCUGUGGGCUUCCUGGCAGCAUCCUCUGUUCUGUUGGCUGGCGGACUAACCCUCUUCCUCUCCUUUGUGUGGAAGUGGCUCAGGCUCUCCUUCCUGGGGCCUGGCUUUCUAGCUCUGUGCCUAGCGCAGGCUUUACUCAUCUUCUUGCUUGUGGCCACGGUUACAUUCCCGCCACGGGAUAAGAAGGACAAGAACCAGUGGGAGAACUGUUAGUCCAGUCUUACAAAGGCUUAUCAUGGGAUUGCAAGGGUUCAGUUCCAACUGUGCUCCAAAAAGGUGCCAGAGAACCUGUGGCUGGGUGGGAUCCUCUCGACCUUAGCUAAUGGUUGUGGCAUAGCUAAUGUGGAUAUCAAGCUCAGCAGAGGGAACCACCCACCGAGCAGAAGGGCUGGGGUGUCAAGGAACCCAGCAGCAGCUUGGAGGGCUAGGGUACCUGCAGUUUCUUAGGGUAUCAUGGAGCUCAUUAGCACAGGGGUUCCUGCCUUAAUCAACCAAUCCUCACUUUAACCCCAGGCAGGGAGUCUGUCAGAGGCCAAACUUCCAAGCUAUCUGGGCAAAGUGUCAAACCAGAACUCUAUGAUGGUUAUGGCAACAAAUGGGACGGUUAGGGAAAAAAAAAAAAAAAAAACUGCUUUAACACUGUGUCCUGUCAGCACAAAGAGAAACCUCGAUGGCUUUUCAGGGUCCCCUGAAUGGGUCCCUCGACCUGACAGCAAACAGGAAUCAUCGUUAAACCAUUCUUGUGACCCAGGGAUGCAGACUCAAAAUGUGCCAAAUUCUGGAAGGUGAACAGGACUGAAUAGUUGCCGCGAACACACAACUCGUCGCCUCACCUUACCCAGAACUGGAAAGGCAAAAGCACGGUCUUUAUUAUGCACUGGGGCAUCAGCAUAUAUUUUUUUCAGUGUCUGUGUAUCAGAAAACCUACAUGGCAAUGAGUUCUUCAUUCUAUGCUCAUCAAAAGCCAGAGUGAACACAAAGAAA